GACGGCAGGCCUGCGACAUCUGAGAACCGUACAAAAGGGCAUCGAAACCAGAUCUCUGGGUUGCGUAAGAAUUAGCCCGGAGCAUCCGAUCAGAUCUGUCGCUGUAGGCUGUCAGUUGCACCAUAGCCGCACGCCUCGCCAAGCCACGCAAAUCCCAUAUCACUACAAUUUGUUCUCAACAUCGACUACAUCGACCAUGGCAAAACUCUCAGAUGUCCAAGAAAGCGGGCGCAUGGCAGCCACUCUCAGACCAGCGUCUCUUGAGGACGCCACAGCGAUAUCAGAACUUGCCGCCCAUGUCUUCACAGUUACAUUCGGCCAUUCCGUAGAGCCACAUGAGCUCGAAGCAUUCCUACAUGAGGCUUACAGUUUAGAAGCCAUUUCAAAAGACCUCAACGACUCGAACAAAGACACCAUACUUGCAGUCGAUCCUGCCGGGGACAUUCUUGGCUUCGCAAUGCUCACCCGGGGCUCAUCGGACCCAUGCAUCGCAAGUCUCGACAGCACAGUUGAGCUGCAGAGGAUCUACAUGUAUCCCAAGGCACAAGGCACAGGCGCUGCCAGACUCUUAGCAGACAGAUUAGAAGAUAUGGCUAGAGAGCAGGGGUUUAAGCACAUUUGGUUGGGUGUCUGGGAAGAGAACCUCCGGGCGCAAAAGGCGUACGAGAAAUGGGGGUAUCAAGAAUGUGGUACCCAUGACUUUGCCAUUGGCUCAGUUGUUCAAACCGAUAAUAUCAUGGCGAAGAAGCUUUGAUCUGACCGCGCGAAAGACUUGAUAAGUUGAUAGGGAAUGUGAGUCUCAGGGUGGAGGAAGAAAUCGGAGAGCUACAACACCAGGUAGAUACUUUACCCCUGAGCAUAUUGAUAGAACGAUCGUAUUAAAUAGGAUAGAUUAUUGGACCACAUUCUCAUACUCCCAGAUGAGUUUCGUAUCAACCUCGUGAUACACCUCUUGAAGAGUCACGUAAAUAGUAUUACCAAGGUACAAGCUCGC